AUGAUAAAUACGUACAUAAUAUCAAUAAAAAAACCUAAAUUUUCCUUAAUUAUUUAUUUUUAUCUAGGUGCAAGGGGUGAAUAUCUUGAUAAUAUGAACGGUGGAAAUCCAAAUCCAACAUGGGGUCAAGUUACUGGAGGUUAUCCUGGAGUUGGAGGUACUUUUGUACUUGGAGGUUUUGAAGGAAUUGGAGGUCGUGGCGGUUACGGUGCCGGAUAUGGUUAUUCAUACGGAGGAUACUAA